AUGUGGAGUGAUAUCAUGCGGGUGCUCGCACUGCUUCUCGGAGUGAAAGCCGCGUGUAUCCUGCUGGUAUCCUCACUUUCAGGCACAGGGGCGGUCAAUAACAGCGGCCGGUGGUGGGGCAUUGUGAACGUGGCCUCUUCUGCCAACCUCCUCACCAACACGAAACAUGUGCAGUUGGCGCUGGACCCCAGCUUGGCUCUGCUCAGCCGUCGCCAGCGAAGACUGGUGCGGCAGAACCCGGGCAUCCUGCCCGCCAUUGCUGCGGGGCUGCACUCGGCCAUAAAGGAGUGCAAGUGGCAGUUCCGCAGCCGCCGCUGGAACUGUCCGACCUCCCAGACUCCCACGGUCUUUGGCAAAAUUGUCAACAGAGGUUGCCGAGAGACGGCGUUCGUGUUUGCCAUCACGAGUGCGGGCGUUACCCAUGCCGUGGCACGCUCCUGUUCCGAAGGCUCAAUCGAAUCCUGCACCUGCGACUACCGCCGUCGGGGGCCAGGAGGGACAGACUGGCACUGGGGGGGUUGCAGCGACAACGUGGAGUUUGGGAGGAUGUUCGGGCGAGAGUUUGUGGACUCCAGCGAGAGGGGCCGAGACCUGCGCUACCUUGCUAACCUACACAACAACGAGGCGGGGAGAAUGACCGUUUCGUCGGAGAUGCGUCAGGAGUGUAAAUGCCAUGGCAUGUCAGGUUCCUGCACCAUACGCACCUGCUGGAUGCGGCUGCCCAGUUUCAGAGUAGUGGGAGAUGUCCUGAAGGACCGUUUCGACGGUGCGUCCAGAGUGGUGUACGCCAACAAGGGAAGCAACCGAGCAUCGCACCGAACUGAGCCCCGCCACCUCCAGCCCGAGAACCCAGCGCACAAACUCCCUUCAGCCCGGGACCUGGUCUACUUUGAGAAGUCGCCCAAUUUUUGCUCCUUCAAUGGCAAAACGGGCACGGUGGGCACCUCGGGCCGCACCUGCAACAGUUCCUCGCCAGCGCUGGACGGCUGCGAGCUGCUGUGCUGUGGGCGGGGCUAUAAGAGCCACAUUGAGAAGGUGACAGAGCGAUGCCACUGUACUUUCCACUGGUGCUGCCACGUCAGCUGCCUCAACUGCACCAGCACGCAGACACUACACCAGUGCCUAUGA